UGCUUCUCAUUGCAGGUCGCCCUCUUCUCUUCAGAUCUCUCUCUUUAUCGGCGAGGAGGGAAGACAGAGAGAGAUAGCCAGUCGUCAUGGGCACGGCAGUUAGGAUCUUUCUUAUCCUUCUAGCAAUCAUUUCUUCCGCAACUGUAGCUUUUUCUCUUUACGAAGAUCAAGUUGGCCUCAUGGAUUGGCAUCAACGAUACAUAGGAAAAGUGAAGCACGCGGUGUUCCAUACUCAAAAGACUGGGCGAAAGCGUGUUGUGGUAUCAACUGAAGAGAAUGUUAUCGCCUCACUUGACCUUAGGCAUGGCGAGAUCUUUUGGCGGCAUGUUCUUGGCAGUAAUGAUGCUAUUGAUGGGAUGGACAUUGCCUUGGGAAAAUAUGUCAUUACCCUUUCAUCAGAGGGAAGUACUUUACGAGCUUGGAACCUUCCUGAUGGACAGAUGGUGUGGGAAUCUAUUCUUCAUGGCUCAAAGCCCUCCAAGUCAUUGUUAUUGGUGCCGACAAACUUGAAGGUUGACAAGGACAGUGUGAUUUUUGUAUUUGCAAAAGGAUGUCUGCAUGCUGUUUCUAGUAUAGAUGGUGAUGUUCUCUGGAAGAAGGAUUUUGCCACUGAAAGCUCUGAGGUUCAGCAGGUGAUUCAGCCUCCUGACAGUGAUGUAAUUUAUGUGCUAGGAUUUGUUGGUUCAUCCCAAUUUGAUAUCUAUUAUAUCAAAGCUAAAGAUGGAGAGUUGUUGAAGCAUAGAAGUUCAACAUUUUCUGGUGGUUUUGUGAGGGAAAUCUCGGUAGUUUCAAGUGACAUGGUUGUGGCUCUUGAUGCAACCAGGACAAGUUUGGUAAAAGUAACCUUCCAUGAUGGGGAAAUUAGCUUUCAACCUACAUUUAUUUCAGAGCUUCUUGAGACUUCUUCUGGAAAAGCAGUGAUAUUACCUUCUGCUGUCACAGGGAUGGUUUCCAUAAAACUUAAUUUUCUUACAAUAGUUUUAAGAGUGACAGAUGAAGGGAAGUUGGAGGUGGUGGAGAAAAUCAGUGAUGCAACAGCUAUAAGUGAUGCUAUCUCACUGUCAACAGGUCAACAAGCAUUUGCACUUGUUCAACACGAAGGCAGUAAGAUUCAUGUCAGAGUGAAGGCUGGUCAUGACUGGAACAGUGAUUUGCUUAGAGAGAGUAUUCAUUUGGACAAUCAGCGAGGGAUUGCGCAUAAAGUUUUCAUAAACAAUUAUAUCCGGACAGACAGGACUCAUGGCUUUAGGGCCUUGAUUGUAAUGGAAGAUCACUCACUUCUCUUGCUACAACAAGGUGAAAUUGUUUGGAGUAGAGAAGAUGGAUUGGCCUCAAUAAUUGAUGUCACUACAUCAGAACUUCCAGUGGAAAAGCAAGGGGUAUCAGUUGCAAAAGUGGAGCAUAACCUCUUUGAAUGGCUUAAGGGACACAUGCUGAAGCUUAAGGGAACCCUGAUGCUUGCAAACCCCGAAGAUGUGGUAGCCAUACAGGCAUUGAGGUUAAAAAGUUCUGAGAAGAGUAAAAUGACUAGAGACCACAAUGGUUUCCGGAAGCUGCUUAUAGUACUUACACGAGCAGGAAAGCUUUUUGCCUUACAUACGGGAGAUGGACGAGUUGUGUGGUCUCUAUUACUACUAAGUCUACGCCAAUCAGAAUCAUGUCCCUGCCCUAUUGGGAUUAAUUUGUACCAGUGGCAGAUCCCCCAUCAGCAUGCAAUGGAUGAGAAUCCAUCUGUUCUUGUAGUUGGCAGGUGUGGACUAAGUUCAGAUGCACCAGGUGUAGUUUCAUUUGUUGAUACCUAUACAGGGAAGGAGAUAAAUUCUCUGGCUCUUGUUCAUUCCAUUGAGCAAGUCAUUCCACUUCCAUUUACUGAUUCGACUGAGCAGCGUCUCCAUCUACUUAUAGAUGCUAAUAAUCAUGCCCAUUUAUACCCCAAAAUUCCUGAAGCUAGUAGUAUUUUCCAUCGUGAGUUUUCAAACAUAUACUAUUAUUCAGUUGACUCAGAUAACAGCAUUAUCAGAGGAUAUGCAUUGAAAAGUAAUUGUGCUGGAGAAGACGUCGAUGAAUACUGCUUUGACACCAGGGAAUUGUGGUCAGUUGUAUUCCCUGUAGAAUCAGAAAAGAUCAUUGCGACUGUGAGAAGAAAGUUAAAUGAGGUGGUUCACACUCAAGCAAAGGUUAUAGCAGAUCAGGAUGUAAUGUACAAAUAUAUAUCAAAAAAUCUUCUCUUUGUGGCAACUGUUUCCCCAAAAGCCAUUGGUCAGAUUGGAUCAGCCUCUCCAGAGGAGUCAUGGAUAAUUGUAUAUAUUAUUGAUACUGUGACUGGUCGCAUAUUGCAUCGCAUGACUCAUCAUGGUUCACAGGGUCCUGUACAUGCUGUUUUUAGUGAGAACUGGGUUGUCUACCACUACUUCAAUCUUAGAGCCCACAGAUAUGAGAUGUCAGUUAUUGAGAUUUAUGACCAGUCUCGAGCGGACAACAAAGAUAUUUGGAAAUUUGUUCUUGGAAAGCAUAAUCUUACUGUACCCAUUUCCUCAUAUUCCCAACCCGAAGUAGUAACAAAAUCGCAGUCGUACUUUUUCUCUCAUUCUGUGAAAGAAAUAGCAGUGACAUCUACAGCAAUGGGUAUAACUUCAAAGCAGCUCCUCAUUGGUACAAGUGGUGAUCAGGUUUUAGCGCUUGAUAAGCGCUUCCUAGAUCCACGUAGAUCACUCAACCCUUCACAAGCUGAGAAAGAAGAAGGAAUCAUACCUCUAACAGAUUCGUUACCGAUCAUUCCUCAGUCCUAUGUCACCCAUUCCGUCAAGGUUGAAGGUCUCCGAAGCAUAAUAACGGUGCCUGCAAAGUUGGAAUCAACAACUCUUUUGUUUGCACAUGGAGUGGAUCUCUUUUUCACUCGACUUGCACCUUCAAGGACCUAUGAUUCGCUCACAGAGGAUUUUAGCUAUGCCCUACUUCUCAUCACAAUUGUUGCACUUGUUGCUGCAAUCUAUGUAACAUGGAUUUUGUCUGAGAGGAAAGAACUACGGGAAAAAUGGAGGUAACGUGAGGCCUUUCCUGCAGUAGUAUGUCCUGGCAGAGUCUUUACAUUGACUUGUUUUAAUUUGGAUUUUUUGUUUUUUCUAGAUGUUAUAGUAUUGCCUCUUUUGAUGGCCUAAUUAAAGCUCAUUUUGUAGAUUCAACAGUCGAAAGAAAAUACUCAGUGCACCACUCUUGAUCUUUUGCUUGCCUAAUUUGAGAUAGUUAUUCCACUAUAUGUUUGUAUUGUUUUUC